AUGUCUCGACGUAAUGAAGUUCUUGAAUGUAAGGUUUACGUGGGUGGUUUACCGAAUGAUGCUACUUCGCAGGAGCUGGAAGAUGCCUUUCAUCGAUUUGGUCGUAUAAGGAAAGUGUGGGUGGCUCGGCGCCCGCCAGGAUUUGCUUUUAUAGAGUUCGAGGAUAGCAGAGAUGCUGAGGAUGCUGUUCGGGCUUUAGAUGGAACACGUAUUUGUGGGGUUAGGGCACGUGUAGAGCUUUCGCAUGGUCGGCGACGUGGGGGUGGAGGAGGAGGUGAUUAUGGGGGUUAUCGCGGCGGCCGUUAUUCCAGGUCGCCGUCCAGAUCACCUAGACGUAGCCGUUCGCGUUCACCUAUUCGCGGUUCUCCUACUUACGAUGACCGGAAGAGAAGUGCUAGUCGUUCAGUUAGCCCUCCAAGAAGUGCCAGUGCAGGACCAAGAAGUCGCUCAGUCUCACCAGCAAACAGUGAUCGAUCUUGA